UUGUAAGUGGCGCGGGAGAGACACCAGCAGAGCGGCAAAUGAAAAAAAAAAAUUACACAGAAGAUUUUCUAGAGAGCAUCACAUAAAGUUGAGACUUGAGAGGAGGAAAUCGAGGAGAGAAAAAACAAAGAUCGCCACAACGCAAAACCCACUUCCUCCCGCCGAUUACGGGGACACGCCGACAUGACCGCCGCCGCCGCCGCCGGCGGCGGCGGACGCGGGGACCUCUCCGCCGCGGUGUCUGACGAAGCCAAUGCGUGGUCCGUGCGCUUCAAGAAUGCUGCCGUCGAUGACGGCGGCGACGACGACGACGAUGUUGAUGAUGAUGGUGAGGAGGAGGGUGGCGAGGAGGGGAAGGGCCCCGGCGGCGGCGAGACGGAGAAGGACUCGUGCGUCGAGAAGGAGAGGCCUCGUCGUUCCCGUGGUGAGGAGGUUUCUGAAGAUGAUUAUGUUCAGGCUGGAGGAGGGCUGGAAAGAAGGAAAAGGAAAGCAACCGUGACACCUCAGAAGGUGCAGACUUCCAAAGUUGGGAUCAAGAACAAAAAGGUUCAAGCUCAGUAUCUGAGUGACUUGGCUAAGGAAGCUGAACGGCUCUCUCAAGAGAAUGAGAAUCUGAGGUGGGAACUCAAAUUCAAGACCAAGGAUCUUGAGCAUGCAGUGCAAACGGUUGAGUGGAAGAACUAGGAGAUCGAGGUCCUGAAAAAGGAGAACAAUGAGUUGAAAACUGAGAAUGAGAACUACAAGAAGAAUGCAAAGCCACUCAGAGCUUUAAGAUUGUGCAGAUAUUGCAAGGAACGUACGACUUACGACUAUCGCAAUUGCCCUAAGAGAAAAUCCGACAUGCAAAAUGCAAAAUAUUUUUUGAGUUUUUACACAAAACAAUAUAUGCCAAAUUAAUUACAAACCAACCUAUAAAAAGAGCAGAGUUGAGUACUUAGCUACCCAACCUACUGAACGAUCCAUGUCGAGUGACGUCACGAUGGCCGACGCCGAGGCCGAGACGCACAAUGCCGGCGGCGGCGAGCUCCUCGUCUGGCCGUGGACCGGCAUUCUCGCCACGACCACCGACGACGACGACGCUACCGCCGACGCCGCGAGCACGCUAGCCUUCCACGCUCAUCAGCACUUCGCCGGCGUCCCAACCACCGCGCUCCAAGAAGCGACGGCCGGCGACGGCCACCACCACCACUUCUUGGUGCUCCACUUCGGCAAGAGCUGGGCCGGGCUCCGGGACGCCAUGUCGCUCCCCGGCCGCUUCCCCGGCGCCGGGAGGAGGGAGUGGCGGCGUCGACGGCGAGGUGAGGGCGCCACCGCCGGCGCCGUGUACGGGUGGCUCGCAGGGGAGGAUGCCACCUCCGGCGCGGUGUACGGCUGGCCCGCCGGGGAGGACGACCUGCACGACGGCGACGGCUUGGUCGGGAGGUUCCUGAGGGAUGCCGGCGGCGCGGCGAGGAGCGCGGAGGACGUCGAGAGGGACGAAGGGAGGGUGGCGGCGAAGCUCGCGGCCAUCGCCGGCGAGCACGAGAGGCGGGCCGUGUUCUUGUAGCGCAAGUGCGAGGAGAUGGCCGGGGCGGUGCAGAAUGCGGAGGCGGGCAACACCUCGCUGCACGACGAGCUCAAAGAGCUAAGAAAAAUCGCUGAAAUUAUCAUCCCGGAGAUGAAUCGUGAUGUCCAUGCUCAAAUGCUGCAUAAAAUUCAUAAGCAAGACAUGGAAGCCAUUUAUGCAAAAUUAAAUCAGCUUGAGAAGCAGCUGGAGCAGAGGCAGUCACUAGAGUCCAUAAUACGGCAGAUGAACAUGAAUUUACAAGCAGGGGGGAGCCUCAGAAAGGAAGAUCAUGAACACAUUUACAGCAUCAUGAUAUGUUUGAGAACGAUUGUAGAUGAAGAAAAAGAAAUGCUGGUUGACUCAUGUGCUGAAAUCAUGAAAAGAUUGCGGACGAACAGCGAUGAACUUAAAGAAUAUCGACAGGAGUUGAUUAAGGGUGUCGAGAACAUGACGAUCACCACGAGCACGAUUAUUGGGAUAAAAAGGAUGGGAGAACUUGAUGAGAGGCCAUUUCACCUUGCAUGCAAGAGGAAGCACAGGGAGGAUGAUCCUAGGGGCAAAGCUGCAAUGCUGAUCUCAUACUGGCAGGAAGAACUGAAGAAUCCAUCAUGGCAUCCGUUUAAGAUUAUUCAGGUUGAUGGAGAAGAUAAGGGAGUUGUAGAUGAAGAUGAUCAAAAACUGAGGCAGUUAUGCAAAGAUUACGGUGAUAGUGUCUGCAAUGCAGUGAAAGCCGCCAUGGCUGAGCUCAACGAGUACAAUCCUCGUGGACGGCACACCAUGAAUGAGCUCUGGAACUUCAGGGAGGGCAGGAAGGCGACGACGAAGGAGGUGGUGAAGUACAUCUCAGACCAGCUGAAGACGAACAGUUCUCAGUCUGACAAUUGACAUGAACACUUCACACACAACAUACACAACAAUAGAAAUGUUGGUCUGUCACAAAUUCACAGUUGUCUUGUUUGCUCAUCUUCUCAUGUCAACUCACUGAGCAUACAUGUUUGCAUGAUUCAUGUCUGACCAGUGGUAGAGAAGCAUAAAUGAACUGACCUAGAUCAUAGUUAUACAUUGGAGAAGCUCAACAGUGGAGAAUAUAUGCGAUUACAUGGUUUGACAUUUACAUGGGGCCGCAUAGCCAUCCUUGACCUUGUGUGUUGGAUUGAUCUAACUUUAUUUGACAACCAGGAUAUAGUUCUACUUCCUAAACUUGUUAGCCAUGGUUGCCCUCCAUCCAACAACUCAGUAUCUAAUAUUCUGGAUAAUAAUUAUACAUGGUAUGCAACACACCAUCUACUGGAGAGAUUCACCAAGCUUCCUUCUCUUGAUACAACAGCUUAUACCCAAGACAAUCUUUGUAUCUUCACAAGAAAAGGUUAGAAUGCAAGUUGUGCAUUGGCAUUUCUGAAAUCAGAACUAGUGCCGCAAGUUAGCCAUCUUCCACAACCGCCCACUGACAUUUACAUCACAUAGUACAUACAACAGAAUGAAACCAUAGAAGCCAAACGUAUUGCAUUACCAGAGCAUCUCAUUGUAACCACAUUGGCUUCUCUCUCUCUUCCAGAAAUGUGCAUUGCGUGAGAAGUACUUGUCAUCAAAGUACAAACAUUCAUCGUUAACUGCAAAGGUGAACACACAGGUGUUUAAUUGCUUCCGUGCUAUUUGGGUUGUUGAGAGUAUAUGCCUCAGUCUUUCCAUUGCUUUCGCAUGUCAGAUUUAAUUGAUUUCCAAGCUGCGAAGACUGCAGGAGAAGCUCCCCAUUAGUAAGUUUACAAUAAGAACAUAUAGCAAAAGUGAAAUAUUAAUGUAGGCACUACAAAGAUGACCAUACUGAAAGAUAAAUAACCUCUGGAAGGGAGCUCUAUGGUUAUCAUUACGGGUUGAGAAAGGUCACAAAAUGUUAGCAAAAGUAGCAAAAAGUACUGGGCCAUUAUACAGUAAAAUAGCUUCAGGACAUAACCCUAAGUAGAAAGGAAACAGAACUGCAAAAUUGUUAACGAAAUGAUAGGUCAAAACCAAUCAAGGCAACCUUUUAUAAUAAAGUUCAAACGGCUUUCAUCUAAUUGCAAGAUUCUUGUAUCCAUUUUAUAUGGAUCAUUUUUGUUCUGUUAAAUAAAAUACACCCAUAAAGCCUGAUAACAAAAAGGGAAAUAAAUACCAAUUAGUGAUUGCAAAAAUAUCAGAUUUUGUUGGUGAAGACUGAAGAUCACCUUUAGUAAGAAGCAUACCCAUAGAAAGAACUUACCAUGCAAUAGUUGUUUGGCGUGUUGCAACUCCACUUUGAAGUAGGUACACAGCUCAGGUAAUGGCACCAAGAACAGUGCUCGCUGGCAUUGAACCCUUUCAGUACCAAUAUGAAUCCAAUGGUGAACCUGCCAAGAGUGAAGUUUAGCAAAUGCAGGCAUGAGGUUCAAAUGCGCGGCUAAAUAUAUUUAUCAUUGCUCUUUUGCUGAUGGAGAAGAAAUUUACCCAGAAAUCAAUAUUAAUGUAGCAAUAACCCAAAGUAUGAUUUGGUAUGUCUUGUACUUGCUUUUAGUUGUACCCAUGGGAAGUCCAAGAGGAGAGUUCUUUUGGUUAAUGUAUCCAAACUGUGGGCGAACUAGAAGAACAAAACCAAGAAAGAACCCCGAUGUAAAUCCUCCAAGAUGAGCAAAGUUGUCAACAUGUGGAAGAAUCCCAACAGCCAAGUUGAUGAGAAUGAUUAUGACUAGAGUUAAUAAUGCUGCAAACUGGAUUAUUAAACAAGAAUGCAAUUAGCAACAAGAAAUGCAGUAGGAUUUGUGUAAAAUAAAUGCAUAGAUCUGAGAUCAAACCUUAUUCUCAUAUAUUGUCCAAUUUGUUAUCAGCUCUGACAGCAUGGACCCCAGCAAUCCAAACAGUGCACCUGAGGCACCAACAGAGAUAUUUGACACCAUAAACAGAGCAGACAGCAAGCUACCACCAACCCCAGAGAUGACAUAUAGCGUGCCAAUCCUCACUGCAAUAGACAAUAAUUAAAAUCUAUGGUCUUAGUUAUAUGCCAAGUAGCUGUUGAAGAAAUUAUACAGACUGCAGAAGUAAAACAUGUAAUAUUUGUGAAGAAUCACAAGAAGUUCAAUGUUAAAUUAUUUCAAUACUUACUGAAACCAAAUUCCUUCUCAAGUCUGAUUCCAAUCAAUAGGAGACUCAACAUAUUAGCAAGUAUGUGGACAACACCAGCGUGCAACCAAAUGCAUGUAAUGAGGCGCCAGCCUUCAUGGUCAUUGGUAACUUUACUGGUUUCUAGUGCCCCCAUUUUCAACAGCCUGACGAAUUGGUAGAUAUGUCAGUUGAACUCUCAAAUUAGCACCAUCUUCAAUAAACAGAAAUAAAGCUUGAGUAUUCACUGAAAAUUUUGUCUUAUGUAUCAACAUUAUUUAUUCCACCCUUGCUAAGGCAAAUACAGCUAAAUAAAGUAUUAUACCCAGCAAUCUUUCCUCAUUAAAUUGUUUAUUUUAAGAAGGCACAAGAUUUACAUCCACAACAAAAUUAGAUGCACAAACAAAUAGCGUCAACAGACAACAUUGCAACAGUCACUAUCUUUAUGUAAUCUACAAAAUUGACUCCCCCAAAAAAUCCCCAAGAUUGAACCAUUCAUGGAUGAAAAGGCAUUCCAUUUGAUCUAAACCUAAGCUAAUAGUGCCAGUUCCAAAGUUUUGAUAAGAAACGAAACCCCAAUGGCCUACCGAAUCACCCAUCUCACCAAUCAGAAAUGAGCGAAAUUUCACCCUAACCGCUGCAUUGUUCCUCAACCAUGAGAAUGAGAGACCUGAAGGAUCUCAAAUUUUAUGGGGUGGUGCGUGGAUGGCUUACGUUGCGGAGGAGGGCCCGAUGAGGGGAUUCUCCUUGUACGACUGGAACGCGAACCUCCCGAGCUCCGGCUCCAGCCAGCACCC